CUCUGAAUGUCCAGAAAACUUCCAUAUGUGGCAAGCGUGUUAUCCUAUCGACCAGUGUCCUCCUCGGUGAUUUCCAGAGGCACAUCAACGAUGGCAUCCCAACGCGUAUAAAUAGCUCCUUGCCAGACACCUAGCUGUGUCUUUCCUCUUCAGAUCAUCGCCUCGACUCAUCUUCUCUCGAACAGCCUUGAACAACAUCUUUCUCUCACAAAAUGGUUAACUUCGUCCGUGCUGCCGGCCUUCUGGCCCUUCUCCCUCUCAUUGCCGCCGCCCCGACCGCCGAGGCUAGCGAGCAGAAUGUUCGCUUUUCUUUCGAGAAGUGGGCCGAGGAUAUCAUUGCCAACCCCAACGGACAACAUCCUUCUCCCGAGGAAGCCAUGGCUCUCGCUUUCAAUCAGACUUCAAGCGAUGGCCUUGAGAAGCGUCAGCAGGAUGUCAGCUGCACUUUCAACGACAACGACAACGCUGCUUCUGUUGCCGACGCCGUUUGGUGCAUCGACUUCAUCGCUGCUCGCGCCAAUGUCCAGUGCAAAGCAGUCGUCAGCGCCACUGUCUUCUGCCACCGUGGCCAGGCUCAGAUCGCCGGUGUUGCUACCGGCGGCAACCCUCCCAAGGACACCUCCAGUCUAUGUGGCAACGUUGCCCGGUCGGCUGGCCAGAUCAUGGAUGCUUGCACCCGUGGGAGUCUCGUCUUCGGACAGAACAACGCUUGGGGCAAUGGCAACAUGAGAGUCCACAUCCGCCGCUAGGAGGCCAAUUACGUGUAUUUACUGACGGCAUGGAGAUGGAGAAAAGCGACUUUAAUUGUAUAUAACUUCUUACAAGCACAUCAAGGAAG